GAAGUCACCUCUCCACAGCGUCCUGGUGUUGCAUCUGAUGGGAAUCUUCACAGGAGACAACCAGGUCUCCCCUUACUCCAGCCCAAGACAAGACCGUUUUUUAGGCAACGAGUUAACGCUUGACAUGUCCCUGGAUUCCUUCGAUGACCAAUACGAGGGCUGUGAACAGACGAUGGAGAAGGAGAUUGCACGGCUAAACCAAACCGAGUUCCUCAAAAACAAAAUUUAUGCCGAAACCUGGAAAUCAGCAGUUGGAUUUAACGAGGGCAGUGAAUGGCCCAGAAACCUCAAGCCAGAGUACGCUGCAGCAAUCAUGGCUUAUACCUUUGAUUCCCCCAAGUUGUAUCCUGAUUUCAACGCAGCUGUAAGAAAAGCUGGGAAAUCCAAGGAACAUUACUGGAAUAAUUUCGACUUCAAGACCUUCCACUUUCUCCUGACCAGAGCCCUUCAGGAUCUGAGUACCUCCAGCCCCCCCUGCUACAAGGUGUUUCGUGGGGUCAGGAAUAUCCGCUUCAGUGCUAAAGUUAGGGAUACAGUCCGUUUCGGGCAAUUUGCAUCCACAUCACAGAAAGAGGGGAUUGCCCAUUUUUUCGCUGGGCAGCCUGUGGCCAAAACCAUCUUUGAGAUUUACACUCGUUAUGGGGUUCUCAUCAGCGAAUUUUCUGUCUUCCCCAAUGAGGACGAGGUUCUGAUCCCACCCUACGAGCAGUUCAGGGUGGUAAGUUCCAGAAAGGAUGAGGAUGGUACAACUCGCAUACAGCUCUACUCUGCUGGAAAAUUCAGCAAAUACAACUGUGUAUAUGCAAGUGGUGGGAACCAUGAGGAUGAUGCUGCGGACCAGGGGUCACCAAACUUUUCUGUCCUUGUUUGGACGCUGAUCUUCUGGGCAUUUUGUGCAACGUUCUGCAUCUGA